AUGUCUCACCAGAAGAACGAGAAGGAAGUCGGUGAUGCUCCCAAGAGCCACCGCAUCCGAAUUACCUUGACCAGCCGAAAGGUCCAGUCUCUUGAGAAGGUCAGCGCCGAAUUGAUCGAGCGCGCCCGCAGCAAGGGUCUUACCAUCAAGGGACCUGUCCGUCUCCCCACCAAGAACCUCAAGAUCACCACCCGAAAGACCCCUUGUGGUGAAGGUUCCAAGACUUGGGACUCUUACGAGCUCCGCGUCCACAAGCGCCUCAUCGACCUCCACGCCCCUACCGAGGUUGUCAAGUCCGUCAUCGUCAACAUUGAGGCCGGUGUCGAGGUUGAGGUUACCAUCGCUGCUUAA